AUGGUAAAUUUGGCUAGGAGUGGAAGGAAAGGGUAUAUUAUCAUCGAUAUGGCAAGACAUUUUCAAGAGCCAUCGAAUGAUGUUGUGCCCUCCGAUGAGUGGGGCAUCAUUAUGUUGUCAUCCCCGCACGAAGAUAACUUCAAAGCAUGGGCGAAGCAGGAGGGUGCUAUCAAAACCAUCAUGAAUUGCCCCGAUGAAAGCGACGUGAAGGCAGUGCAUGCGUGGAGGACGCGCAAUACGACUGAAGAGGAGCAGGUGGAGUAUUGGAGAAGGAUGCACAUGCGCAUGGAUGACGUCGGACCGAUUCCACGAUGCAUCUUUCAUGACGAUAAGUAUAAGGACCGCGUGGAGGAAACCAAUAGCAUCGUGGCAGCUAUCGACGCCUCAGAUGCUGUACAUUAUGGGAUGAUUGGGGGCAUGGGAAUGCGGCCCUCGAAUGACGCUUCUCACAAACUUAUGAAGGCUGUCAGAGCAAUAACACAGGGCGGUCUUGAGGCGUUUGUUAACCUGCCGGUCUGUUUUUCCAUUGGAAGCAAAUUAAUUGGAGGGUUGCUCGAGGUGGAUGGGGGAAAAUGA